AUGGAGACUUUGACCUCCAGGCACAUGGAAAGAGCUCUUCACCCUCAAGCCUCAGCCCUUUCCAAAGAUGAGGAGGAUAAGACCAUGUUGUUUCAGGAGCCAUUGACCUUCAAGGAUGUGGCUGUGGUCUUCACUGAGGAGGAGCUGGGACUGCUGGACCCUGCCCAGAGGAAGCUAUACCGAGAUGUGAUGCUGGAGAACUUCCGGAACCUGCUCUCCGUGGGUGAGGGGAACCUCACAGGAGACAAGAAUGGAAAGAAUAUGGAGGAUAUUCAAACAAAAGAAAUAAGGUUCCAUUCACACAAAGAGCUCUCCUACUGGAAAAUGUGGCAACAGGUGGCUGGUGAAUUAACAGUGAGUCAAGACUGGAGUGUAAAUCUACAAGGGAAAGAUUUCCAGGUCUCAGAAGAUGUUGCUCCCUGUCAAUUGUGGGAAGGAGCAACUCCUUGGGUUUUUCCAACUGAAAAUUCAGUGGACGGUCUACAGGGGGAUGGGGCCAUCGAUUUAGGAAAUCUGCAGUUUCCAACCUGGAGAGCAGUAAGACCGGUUCCCAUUCAAGAAUCUUGGACAAAAACCUUUGUGAAUGAGCUGUGGAAUGUUCAAGAAAGAUAUAAAAAACUCGACACUGAAAAUACAGUAUAUAAAUGUGCUUGGAACGAUUACAACUUUUGCUGGAUAUCAGAUUGUCAUGAUAACCACAGAUUACCUGAAAGAGACAAACUGUGUAAUUGCGAUAAAUGUAGAAAAAACUACAUUAAAAAGUCCAUACUUUGUCAUCCUAACCCUGGAGAGAAUGGCUUGAAAAGUAACAAAUGUGAAAAUGACUUCAGGGAUGAUUCAAAUCUUCCCACCUGUCCGAGAGUGCCCUUGAAAGAGAAACCCUAUAAAUAUGAGCUCGGUAAGGGCUCGAGGCAGAGUUCCUGUCUUGACCAACAUCGAAGAAUUCCCAUGGGAGAGAAAUCCUUUAAAAGUCUCCUUGAGCACAGGCAGGGCUUCAGGCAAAACGCACACAUUCACAGCCAUCCUGGAGUCCCUGUGGGAGAGAUGCCCCACAGCUGUGAUGUCUGCGGGAAGGGGUUCAGGUAUAAAUCAGUUCUUCUUAUUCAUCAAGGGGUACACACGGGAAAGAAACCCUAUAUAUGUGGGGAGUGUGGGAAGGCCUUUGGUCGAAGCUCAAACCUUCUCGUGCAUCAGAGGGUUCACACCGGAGAGAAACCAUACAAAUGCAGUGAGUGUGGGAAGGGCUUCAGUUACAGCUCGGUGCUUCAAGUCCAUCAGAGGCUGCACACAGGGGAGAAGCCCUACACAUGCAGCGAGUGUGGCAAAGGUUUCUGCGCCAAGUCAGCACUGCACAAGCAUCAGCACGUCCACCCGGGAGAAAAGCCCUAUCGCUGUCAUGAGUGUGGGAAGGGAUUCAGCUUUAGCUCUCACCUCAGCAGUCAUCAGAAGACGCACACCGGCGAGAGGCCCUAUCAGUGCGACAAGUGUGGCAAAGGUUUCAGUCACAACUCAUACCUUCAAGCUCACCAGAGGAUCCACACGGGGCAGCACCUCUACGAAUGCAACGUCUGUGGUAAGAGUUUCAUUUACAGCUCAGGGCUUCUCAUGCAUCAGAGGCUGCACACAGGGGAGAAACCAUACAAAUGUGAAUGUGGGAAGGGCUUUGGCCGGAGCUCUGAUCUCCAUGUUCAUCAGAGAGUCCACACAGGAGAGAAACCCUAUAAAUGCAGCGAGUGUGGGAAAGGCUUCCGGCGGAAUUCAGACCUUCACAGUCACCAGAGGGUCCACACGGGAGAGAGGCCCUACAUAUGUAAUGUGUGUGGGAAGGGUUUCAUUUACAGCUCUGACCUUCUCAUCCAUCAGAGGGUCCACACAGGUGAGAAACCCUAUAAAUGUGCUGAGUGUGGCAAAGGCUUCCGUUACAGCUCGGGGCUUCUCGUUCACCAGAGAGUUCACACGGGUGAGAAACCUUACAAAUGUCAAGAGUGUGGAAAGGGCUUCAGGUGCACCUCAAGCCUUCACAAACAUCAGCGAGUCCACACGGGAAAGAAGCCCUAUACCUGUGAUCAGUGUGGCAAGAGAUUCACUUACGGCUCCAACCUUCGUACCCACCAGAGAUUGCACACAGGUGAGAAGCCCUACACGUGUUAUGAAUGUGGAAAGGGCUUCAGAUACGGCUCAGGUCUCCUCAGUCACAAGAGAGUGCACACUGGCGAGAAGCCAUAUAGAUGCAAGGUAUGUGGGAAGGGCUACAGUCAGAGCUCACAUCUUCAAGGUCAUCAGAGGAUCCAUACUGGUGAGAAACCUUAUAAAUGUGAGGAGUGUGGGAAAGGCUUUAGCCGCAGCUCCUGUCUUCAUGUCCAUCAGAGGGUCCACACUGGAGAGAAGCCCUAUAAAUGUAGUACGUGUGGGAAAGGCUUCAGUUAUAGCUCAGGUCUGCGAAACCACCAGAGAGUGCAUUUAAACGAGACGCCUUAUAAUAAAUAGAUAUGUGUGGAAGAUUCCAGCUGGAAUGCAUAACUUUCCGUCCAUCUGAAAACCAGCACAGAAAAGCCUUAGAAAGUGAUGGAUAGGAAGGGCGGCAGGAAAAGCUGACAUUUCAAGGUUAUCAGCUAGUCUGCACAGGAAGGGGAGACCUAGAAGUGUGAAUAAGUAGGUAAGCACUUCAUUCACAAAAGUCAGUCUUUAUGAAUCUCUUUCACAGCACAGUAGACCUUAAAUGGGAGUAGCAUCAGUAAAAAUUGUCCCUUUCAUCAGAGCGUGCCUGAGAGGGAGCUUUUAGAAAUGU